GAUCUGCUCUGAUUCGGAAGCUGGUAUCUUGUUCUGGACUCAAGUGGAAGGGCUCGUAGGACAUAGGACCAAUAAGGACACUAAACUGCCCACACCGGUUGAACGUCAUUGGUUGGCCUAGUGCGAAGAUUCGUAUAAGUCGUAUCCGGAUUGGUAGAUAAGUCGUGUGAUCGAAAAGUCAGACAUCCAAGGUCAUAACAAUUGGCGACGGGGAUUUUGGCAACAAAGAAAUAACAAUAAUACAAGUGGUGACUCAGAUUUUGGAAAUAAAUUAGCUGUAUAAUUGCCGGUGAUUUUUGGAGCUAAUAUUAUUGGCAAAAAAAAUGUCGAUUUCUUUCGAACAGUUGCGGUUAAUAUUACAGCACCAGCAGAAGAUGUUUGCCUUGCAACAAGAGCUAUUUAUAACAGUUUUGGGCAGACUUUGCAUUCAAGCAGAAAAUAAGAAAUCUAUAUAUCAUGCAGAUAAUGGUGCAGUAAUGGACAUUUCAGAAGCAUAUCCUGUGCAGGAUUCAAAUCCCUCUAUACCAGAAGGGAAACGUAAUAUUGGUAACGUGUCCAGCUCAGAGCAAGAAAAUAUUGUGUUAGAUGCACAUGAAGUUGUGACAAUACCAGAUGAUCAGAAGCCAGAUCCUGUAGAUGAUGCCCAGAGUCCAGAAUCAAAUGAAACACUACUGGUACUGUCUAGCUGCGAAAAUAAACGUCAGCUCGAACAAAAUUGUGGUCCACGUGCUACUAGUCGAGAAAGCUAUGGUGACUCGUAUUCAGAAAAUAACUGGAGCAACACGAUGAACCAAAUUGUACCAGAUGUUACUCAAAAUCACCGGAAGACAGAAUUUUAUAUUGAGUCAACUUAUCCCAUUUCUAAUGACAGUGUGCCAGAUAUUGAUUCUCAGAAUAAUGCAUAUGAUUUUGAUGAAACUUCUUAUAACAAUGAGGGAAAUAUGUCAGCUGAGUCGAAUGAUGGCCAAAAAUCUAAUUUAAUUCUGUUAGACGUUGACUUUCUUAAUGACUCGUUAUCUGCUAACGAGAUUCAUAAUGAAUUUGAAAAUAAUGAACUCAGAUCAAAGGCCGUUCAUCAUCAUCUAGUCAUUUUUAGUGGCUUCCCCAGUCAAUACGAGAAACAUGGUUUAAAUAAAGUCCUACUAGUUGUAUUUUGGAGCCAUAAGGACCCAACAUUAUUUCGAGGAGGAGGAGAAUGUUGAGGAAUUUAAAGUCACAUAUAAUUUUUUUUUUUAAAUCAGAAUCUAAAGUUGGAAUUUUCAAAAAAAAAAUGGGGAGGUGUUAUAUCCGAGUGGAGAUUAAAUUACAGGUAACUCCCGAGGACUAUUAAUGGACUAAUAUUCUAUAAAUAUUCUUAUUGUAUAAUUAUUCAACAAUUACAUUACGUAUAUUUAUAUUCCUCUUAUUGUAAGCUUUAUUUUGACCUAUAACUUAUUAUUGUACGAUUUACGGUUCUUAAGUUAUGUUCAGCUUAUUAACUACUGCCUCCCACAUUCACAGCCACUUUUUGGGCUUAUUUGUGUACAAAUAUUAUUUCCUAUUUUAUGGUACGUUGCGGUCUGUGUGAUUGAUAUAUAAACUAAGUAUGCUUGAAAUAAACGAUCUGCUCUG